GGUAUAAACUUGUAUCUUCUGUGGCUUCAAGCACGGUCACAUCGUUCUCAGGCUACGAUUUUUAAUUUAUUUUAGUUCCUUCAAAAAACCACAAAAUCAUCGAGAGAUCACAACAGAACAAAGUCCUAGGGCAGACUUAAUAGACUUAAGAUCUGUUGCUGCCAUUGCUGCUUCUGUGGUGCACCAUCUGAAGGUGAAGGAUACCACGAACGCCACAAAAGAAGGAGGCAGCAAGGACAUCGAAAAGGAUGGCCGCGUGCAGCUACAAGGUCGACGGCGAGAACGACAAUUGUGAGGCGACCUUGGCCGCAGUGAAUCUGAAUGUCCUUCCCGAUGAGAUUCUGGAGUUCAUAUUCUCUUACCUGCCGCCCUACGGCGACUUGGAGCACUGCAGUCUGGUGUGCAAGCGAUGGCACGCCAUAGUAAAGAAUCUCGUACGCCGCUCGAAGCUAAAUCUGGAGAAAGGUCUAACCGACUUCCGCCUGCGCUGGGAGGUGUUUUCCCAGCAAACGGCCAAUGGAGUUGCUGGAGCACCUUUGUCCUUUAUUGCCGGACGUUUCGCCCACUCGGCCGUGAGACAGGAUAACUCUAUGUAUGUGUUCGGUGGUGGUUCCUCCUCGGACACUACCUUCAACGAUCUCUGGCGCUUUGAUUUAACGCACAUGCGCUGGGCGCGGCCGGUAGCAACCGGAACCUAUCCUUCGCCCAAGGGCAGCGCUUCCAUGGUGGCGUGGCGUGAUCAGCUGGUACUCUUUGGCGGCUGGCGCUACCCUUCUUUGCACCCACCCUACCAGCCAUGGUGUUUAUUUGACGAACUGCAUUAUUACGAUCUAAGCAAGAACCGCUGGCUGCUGCGUAACACCCUCUCUGGUCCACCACCCAUGGCUGGACACUCGGCCACUGUGCACGGCGAUCGGAUGGUCAUUUUUGGCGGCUACCAAAUCAAGGACGAUGUUAACGUAAACUCUAACGAUACGUGGGUGCUGGAUCUUCCGGAGCAGCGAUGGUGGCAGCCGCUCUUCGUGGGCAAUACGCGACCAACGCCGCGAUAUGGACAGAUUCAGGUCGAGCUGGGCAGAAACCAUCUACUAAUCGUAGGAGGAUGUGGCGGAGCCAACCGGGUGCAUACCGAUGCCUGGCUUCUCGAUAUGACCAGGGAUGUGUGGUGCUGGAAAUCACUAUAUGUGCGCAACAAGCGUUUUGGAGCUGUCCACAUGUGGUGUAAUCCCGGCUGUAAGGUUAACAACUACCUAGUAGUGGUUGGACCCUCACCCAAUACGCCGCAAGACUUCCAGAUGAUGAAGCAGAGCAGAGUCCCUGUUGUGGGAGGUGCUGGACCGCCUCCACCAAAUCCGCCGAGAGGACACUGGAUACCGGUACCGUUGGAUCGGAGACUGGCUUGGGGAAUAGGUUUACAAAAUCGCGGGGUAAACAUCCGUCCUGAAGCUGGUGGAGCUCCAGCUGCCCUGGGUCCACAGGAACAAUAUCUGGCAAACCGGCGAGCAAUUCUCAACCAGCAUAUGCAGCAGGCGCAACAAUUCCUGCACAACAAUAAUGUAAACAAUAAUAACAAUAACUACCAGCCACGCUCUGGAAGAUUGAGUGAUCUCCAUGCCCCGCCAGCGCCAGCUGUUUCUCCCCCAUCACCGCCAGUGCGACCAAAUGCACCGCCAUCUCCCGCCGAUGGCGAUGUUGAUGCUGCCCAGCGACUGCAAAGGAAUUUGGCUCUAAGGUGUCGUGAUAAUGAACCUAGACUCCCAAAACGCUUCGAUGAGUUAUACGAGGAUCCCUUUCGUAUGGCUGCCUUUAAUGUGCCCACUCGAUCACGUAGUGCCUCACGGGAUCACAACGAACGCAUACGACGUAUGGAGGAGAAGAUGAACGCCAUCCGAAAUUCGCGGCGCAGCGCACCUGCCGCCGCUCAAGUAGAACCACAGCCGCUGCGUGCCCCCUCUCCCAAACGACAACGCGGCAAUGUUCAAUCGUUAUUUGUGUGCGACAUCUCCAGUAUCCUGGACAGCAGUGAACCCUCCCUUGACUGGGUGGAGUACAAGAACUUCGGCGUGCUUAAGGGCGCUCCGGAUCGGUUAAUCCUCUCGAGCCUUAUUGCUGGCAACGGCGAGUUAAUCCUCUUCGGGGGUGUGCACAAGGAGACACUGACGGACAUCACACACCAUGUGUCCAAUUCCAUACACUUCCUUAGUGUGCCACGUGAUAUUAUCUAAGCUCUGAACCGGCGUCCGUCCUAGUCCUAAGAUAUCCGGAUAGCAGAUUGCCGCUGCUAAUCCUCCUCCCAAAUCCUUCAAACCUCGGCGUUCGACGUUCAUUUAGACAUAAAUUAAGUGUAAUGGAUGUGUUUUAUGAUAAUAAACGAUAGUGGAUCUCCAAUCA